UUUUGUGAUGAUCCCUAACGACCAACUGUCGUCGGUUUCUUGCUUAUCGUAACUUUUGCGGUCGCUUUCCCGUCACGUUAACGUAUCCACUAGCAACCACAAUGGGAAGCUGUAUUUAAUUUUUUUACAGACUAUGUUUCGUUUUUUGACUUAUUUAUCCCGGAAGUACGAAUAUCUUAGCGUUAUGUGAAUAUGGGAUAGCUUAUAACUUCAAGCUAGUUCCCCUCGUCACUUUUGACAGGUUUUGCGAAACUGGAUUAUCGCGAAUUUAUGUGACAGAGUCGUGACAUUAUAUCAGGACUUCAGUCGGUCGAGAAAACUGGAAAGAAAAGGGAGCUUUUGAAAAGAGGACUAUUGAUAUGUGCUUUAAUUUGCCUUAUAAACGCUGGAUACGCACUGGGUGCAUCUGUCACCCAACUCGUGUUAUUUGCCAAUGGAUAGCUUAUCAAUGUUUGGUGUUCGUCUGUCCCUCAAGCAACGAUAUUUUCUGCUGCUGUGCUUUGCCGUCGGUGCCAUAAUUGUUUAUCGGUUCACAAGGAAUCGUCCUGAGGUAAGAAGAAUGAACCGUGUGGAAGGUCUGAAGGCCAACUCGUCUCAAUUCACUCUGGAGAGAAAGCCCUUUCGCAUCCUGGGAGGCUCCAUCCAUUACUUCCGUGUCCCCAGAGCCUACUGGGAGGACCGGCUGUUGAAGAUGAAGGCCUGUGGUCUAAAUACUCUAACAACGUAUGUGCCAUGGAACCUGCAUGAACCUGAGCGAGGGGUGUUUAACUUUAAAGAUCAGCUGGAUUUAGAAGCCUACGUCCGCCUUGCAGCCAACCUGGGCCUUUGGGUGAUUCUGCGUCCAGGGCCCUACAUCUGUGCUGAGUGGGAUUUAGGGGGACUACCCAGUUGGCUACUACGAGAUAAAAACAUGAAGCUGAGAACAACUUACCCAGGAUUCACCGAUGCAGUCAACUCCUUCUUCGAUCAACUCAUCAAGAAAGUUGUUCCACAUCAGUACUCCAAGGGUGGCCCGAUUAUCGCAGUUCAAGUGGAGAAUGAAUAUGGCUCCUAUUCUAAAGAUAAAGAAUACAUGCCCUUCAUCAAGGAGGCUUUAACAUCAAGGGGCAUCACAGAGCUGCUGCUGACCUCGGACAACAAGGAAGGACUAAAGCUUGGAGGGGUGAAAGGAGCACUGGAAACCAUCAAUUUUCAGAAACUGAACCCAAAUGACAUCAAGUAUCUGGAUGGAGUACAACCUCAAAAGCCGAAGAUGGUGAUGGAGUACUGGUCUGGCUGGUUCGAUCUUUGGGGGAACCUUCAUCAUGUUUUCACUGCUGAGGAUAUGGUAGCUGUGGUCACUGAAAUCCUUAAACUUGACAUGUCCAUCAAUCUCUACAUGUUCCAUGGAGGGACAAAUUUCGGCUUCAUGAGUGGGGCGUUUGCUGUUGGAAUGCCAUCACCUAAACCUAUGGUAACAAGCUAUGAUUACGAUGCUCCAUUAUCCGAGGCUGGGGAUUACACCACCAAGUACCAUCUUCUGAGGAAUUUAUUCAGCCACUACCACACCCAGCCUCUCCCUGAACUGCCCUCUCAUCAGGAGAGGAAAGCACACCAGCCUCUUGUCAUCCGGCAGCACCUGUCUCUGUGGGACAUUCUGCAUUUCACUGACAAGCCUUUCAAGUCAGAAAGGCCAGUGAAUAUGGAGAAUCUCCCUGUCAACAAUAACAAUGGUCAGUCAUAUGGCUACACACUGUAUGAAACCACCAUCACAAGGGGAGGUACCCUCAACUCCAGGAACAACAUCAGAGAUAGAGCAUUGGUUUUUGUGGACAAACAUUUUGUUGGUGUUCUGGAUUAUAAGAUACAAGAACUUGCACUCCCUGAUGGGAAGGGAAAAAGAACUCUAAGUUUACUGGUGGAGAACAGUGGAAGAGUGAAUUAUGGGAAAACCCUGGAUGAGCAGCGUAAAGGUCUUGUUGGAGAUAUUGAGUUAAACAAGCAGCUCCUCCGAGACUUCAUUAUUCAUAGUCUGGAUAUGAAGCCAGGCUUUGUAAACAGACUUGAGAGUUCAGGCCACUGGAUUCCUAUGCGUCAGCGGCCGUCCUUCCCAGGGUUUUUCCAGGCCACGCUGUAUGUGAGCAGAUUUCCUAAAGACAUCUUCAUCAAACUCCCUGGCUGGAGCAAAGGUGUUGUGUUCAUCAACGGCAGGAAUCUGGGACGCUACUGGUCUAUUGGUCCUCAGCAAACUCUCUAUCUCCCUGGCCCAUGGCUCCACAGAGGGGACAACCAGGUCAUAGUGUUUGAAGAGCAGGAAACAGAUGGUAAGAUCCAGUUCGCCAGCAGCCCCGACUAUGGCAUGACUGUUGAUGUCCAGUGAGAACAGGAGGUGAGAGGGAAGGGUGGAAGAGGGGAGGAGGAGGAGGAGGAAGAGGAUGAUGGCAGAGCUCGGGAGGACUGAGACCUUUAUCUGCUCAGGCAUCCACAGCCUACCACAACCAGCAGCACUCAAAAGUCACACACAUCAGUGAGCAUGAUAUUUUGUGCUCUAUCAGAAAACACCGAUGCGGCAGUGAUCCAGACUUAUCAAGCAAUUUUUCACAUGGUGACUGUAUGACAUUCUGUUGUAUCCUUUUUUUAUUCAAUUUAGUAACAGUAUGAUUAACCUGCGCUUAUACACUGCAAAACUGGAGACCGAAGGAUUGUGACAGAGAAGGCUCUUGAUUAUAAUAAGUGCUAUAAAAUGUCUUCCUCUCACAGACUGUAUUUAUAAAUUACAUCCAGGCUGCAUAAAAAGAACUGUGAAUAAAGACUGGUUUGACCUCUGUGUCAGUAGCCAAGGCCCAUGAA